CGGUUGAUUACCUUUAGAGCAGUACCAUGAUAUUCUAGAAAUGUGGUUGUUUACAUUUUGGAGGUGAGACACGUUUUCCUGCUUUUAACAUCAUGGGAAAACGAAAAGGUUCUGGAACUGAAGAGGAACUACUUUCAGUGGAUUCCCCAAGCAGUUCCCAUAAAAAGCAUAAGAAACACAAAAAGAAGCAUAAAAAGAGGAAAGAUCAUGACCUUGAUCCUUUUUCUCUUGGAGCUCCCGGAGGAUUGGCAAAACCUGCUAUUAAGUUGAAGCUCAAGAUUGGAGGGGAGACAUUGGGAACAAAGAAUAUUACCCCUGUAGACCAGAAGGAGAAAGACAGCUCUGAGGAUUCGCAGGACCAGAUUAUAGAUGUCCUCAAUGACACCUGGGGUUCUCCUCCAUCCUCUACCAUCACUGCCACGAUUACAUCCUCUACAAUCCCUGACCUCCCUUCUACCCAAACACCAGAAGUCCCAUCACCAGCAUUAGGAGAGAAGAAGGAGGAUACGUCGGACGAGGAGAAGGAAUGGCUGGACGCCUUAGAGAAAGGUGAAUUGGACGACUCAGGAAUGUUGAAGAAAAGUAAAGACCCCAAGUUAUUGACAGCCAGACAGAGGGCUCUUAUACAUGGCAACAAAGAAGAAGCUCUUUUGGAACUUCCAUCAGGAUACAAACAAGUGGAGCUUACUGAGGAACAGCAACUGAAGCGACAACAAAGAGCAAAGAAACGACGUCAACAGGCCCAUGAGAAACGUGAAAAAGAUAAGAAACUCACUCUGGACAGAUUACUGAAAAAACAAGACUCCAAGAAAAAGGGUAAAGGAUCAAAGAAGGCCAACAUUCCGAGGUUCCGGUAUACGAACAACCAGUCAGGUGUAGCAGUCUCGGUACCGAUCGGAUUUCAGCUCCCAUUCACAGCUCAAGCUGCAAGACCUCCAAAGGGAAAGGAGCCCUGCAGCAUAUCAGGGUGUAAGAACAUAAAGAAGUAUUCCUGUUCUCGGACUGGUGUUCCACUGUGUAGUCUCGCCUGUUACAAGAAAAACAGUCUACUACACAAUCUCCCCAGUGUCAGGGCCGCUAGCUGAGUGAACAUUACACUCAACUUGAAUAUAUUGUCCAAGCUUCUCUCUGAGGGUAGCAGGGUGUCACUAGUGUCAAGACCUUCAACUUAGAGGAUGUUCCAGAAAAAGCUCCCUGGAGUAUUAAAUUCUCAAGAGAGGCGGUGUAAUACGAGCAAACACUAUCAUUGUAUUAGUGUGAGCUUUUGGCUGGCCACUCUUGGGGAGAAUGUGGCUUGAAGAAAAUGACAGUCAUCUGAGUGUCAGAGCCUACAGCUGAGGAAAUGUGACGAAAAGCACCACCUGUUAAUGCUCUGUGGUAGGCGUUCUGUAUUACUGUGUUGCUGGAAAAGUGUCUCUUGAUCAUGAUGAAGGGUGGGCAGCAAUUAUUAACAUUAUUAUAACAGUACCAGUUAUGGAGCUGAUGGAGAUUUUCUUUUUUUACAGAUGUUAGCUGAUGUUUUAAAAUAAAUCAUCUCCAACACAUAUAUA